AGAUCACGUCCUUUGCGUGGGAAACAUAAGUCGGACACAGAUUUGACGAACACUUCACCCGACUUGGCCAAUCCCAGUGAACGGCUGAUGACAAAAAAGGAGGCAAUAGACCUUAUCAGCCGAUGGUAUAAGUCCGGCAAGCCAUUCUUCACCAAAGAGGCGCUCCAAGAGCUCGGGGAGCAGGUCAGGACCAAACGUGCCAAGGGGGAUAAAAUCACCGUGAGGGCACUCACCGGCGUUAUCUUCGAAGGCACGGUGAAUUUAGGACAUCGCUUCCGUGACAAGAUUCAUCCCAAAUGGGAAUGCACCUACAUCUACAAGGACCUUGCCAUAGAAUACAAUCAUCCAGAAAAACUCAAGUUGGACGUGCAAAAUAGUAUCCAUGACGACUACACUCGAGCUUCGGCCCUCACCCCGCUGCGAGUGACACACCAGGUAUACCCAGUGGACCAGAAGGAAAGAAUCCGGGGCUACGAGGUCGCGCGGGAUAUCUUCAAAAGAAAGUGUGUGUCCUGGGACGAAAGCCAGACCCGCACGAGUUUCGAGGAGAUUCUGAAAGAAGCCGAAGGCCACAAGAUCAACAACAUCGUCGGGCUUGCCUGCGGUAGCCUGUCCCGACAUCCCAGGUACAACUCUGCGGUUCAACACGCGUUGCUUGUUACCAUAAGAAAGUGGCUGAAAACAAACGGGCUGGAUGGGAAAGAGCUCUCCUGCUACGUGCAGGAUCCGGAAUACACCGACGUCGAUAGGCGAAUCCUUCACGAUGUCGGGUUCCAAGUUGUUGAUGAUCCGGACGGCUUUCUCAAGGUCGAUGAGCAGUCGGUUGUGCUAUCCAUAGCAGCUAACGUACCCGUGAAGCAUAUCAUUGCGGAUAUUGCUAGACCUGCUAUUGUCAUCUGGUUGGCGGUUGAAGAAACGAAUAAUGCUCGUUUGCUUGACCCUGACUCGGAGCGCACAAUGGAAAUGAUGGAGGGGUACGUCAAGCAUGAAUUUGAAUCUGAGGGAUCGCGGUUUAGGCAGGUUGUGGUCUAUAUCAGGAGGACGAAGGAUGAGCCACCUUUUCAAGGGAACGCUCCGAAAAGUCAUCCAAAAGAGCUUAGAUAUAGCCACAUCGUGAACAUGGACGCCAUAACCAAUUCAGAGCCCUCGGCCGAAAGAGUCUCGCGGUUAGACCUUGACUACAGAUACACGCGUUGUCGCUUGACUGAACCUGGGGAGGCCCCAACCCUGGAGGGGGCGAUGGAAAUCAUCGACAGACUCUACGAAUCCGGGGUGCCCUUUUUCACCAAGGCUUUAAUCCAAGAUAUAUGGGAUCAAAUCAAGCAAGACCCAGCCCCAGGUGACAAAAUACUUACGAACGACAUAACCGGCGCGGUUGUUGAAUGCGAGGUUGAGAAGGGAAAGGUUAGGCAAUGGCAGGUUGACGAUACGGAAAUGGAAUAUGUGUGCAAGGAACUGGCCCUCUCUUAUCAGUGUCGAGCAUCUCUCAGAAACGAGGUUAAACGGAGAGAUUACCCCCUCGAGCAUUGGGAGCCCUGCCCAAUCAAGCUCAUGCAUCGAACACACGAAUGGGAUAGCAAGACUGAGACAAUCAUCCCACGGCGUGGCCCCCUGGACCUUGGAGUGGUCACAAAGACCUUCCAAGACAAGGCCCAAGAAUGGAAAGACAGCCCAGCGUGUGAAAAGCUCAAGACAAUUCUGUCCUCUUCUGCAAAGAAUCAUGAAAUUGGCAAGGUGGUCGCGUUUUCUCUUGGCACGAUGUCCGGGCAAUAUUUCAAUGAGGAUGGCAGUCUGUAUACGAGGAGUCGGUGGCGAUCCGCAUCUCAGCAUGCGGUUCUCGUUACCAUCAUGGAAUGGGAACCAGACUACAGCGAGGUAGACAAGAAGGUUCUGAACGAGGCCGGCAUCGAGGUGGUGGAAGAUCCGUGUGGCUGGCUCGAGGUGGACGAGAACUCGAUCGUGCUCUCGAUAGCAUCGAAUGUGCCUUCUAAGGAGAUUAUUGCAGACAUUUCCCGUCCUGCCGUGAUUAUUUGGGGUCGAGUCGAGUUUUGCGAUGGACUUGAGCAAGGGUUAACCGAUCCUGACUCUUCGCGAGUCAGAGCAAUGAUGGAGGGUUAUGAGCUGCAUGAGUUUGGCCCUGAUAAGGAGAUGUUUUCGGAUAUUGUGCUCUAUAUCCGGAAGUCGGUGGCUGCCCCAACUCCCAGUUCAGAUGGAAGAUUUUCCCUAGACAUGACAUUAUCAUGUCUUUCCGGUGGUCUUUCCGGUGGUCUUUCCGGUGGUCUUUCCGGUGGUCUUUCCGGUGGUCUUUCUGGUGGUCUUUCUGGCGGUCUUUUUGAAUGUCUUUCGGCUGUCCCCAGUUUCAUAACAGAAUUGGUAUAUUGGGUGCAUUCUGAAGAUGGUAGAAGGAGGCAUACUAUGCCAUUUGCUGCCCUGGUGACGAUAAUGAUAUCAAAUAUGGAAUGCCUCCCUGAAACCGGAUCUGCUGUAAAACCUGGUGAUGCAUGA